GGCGAAGAGUGGCGAACAAAAAGUUCUGACCGUGCUUUUUUGUUUAUAAUUGUGCUGAUUCCCUUUCCUGGCACUUCCUGGCCACACAUCGGCAGCCAUGGCGAGCAUUUCAUCCACAGAGGAGCCGGGAAUGCAGCAAAUCGACCUCAUGAAGCUGAAUUUGCAGCAGUUGACGCAGCUAAAGAGUCAGCUGGAUCAGGAGUUGGGCGUGUUCCAGGAGUCUCUGCAGACGCUAAAGAUGGCCAAGAGCAAAUUCAUGGGCUCCAAGGAGAGCCUGGAGCAGUUCAAGCCGGAGUGGAAGGAGAAGGAACAGCCCGUCUUGGUGCCACUCACCGGAAGCAUGUACGUUCCGGGAGUGAUAAAGCAGGUGGACAACGUGAUCAUUGACGUGGGCACGGGCUACUAUGCUGAGAAGGAUGUCGUCGGUGCGAAGGAUUACUUCAAGAGGAAAGUGGACUUCGUGCAGGAGCAGGUGGAGAAGAUCGAGAUGCUGGGCUUCGAGAAGUCCAAGAUUCGAGAUGCCAUCAUGGAUGUGAUGGAAAUCAAGCUGGCACAGCUGCAGAAGCCCGCUUAAACUCACCUCAGCCUAACUCAACGCACUUUCCUCACGUCCAGGAGCAUCACAAUCCCGGACACUCAUCAGCAGAUUGAUAAAUAUACUAAAAAUUUCAAUUUAUUCA